UUUAAUUAAAGGUGAUUCGCAGGAAGUGUGUAUGAUACGCUUCUUUUUUUUUUUUUUUCAAUUUGUGUUACACCCUUAUAAUAUUAAUGGAAAGCUGGGAAUUAAUAUAAAAAACAUUUUUCUAUCAUGACUAAGUGGACUUUCGUUAAAGACCGAGCAAAAUAUGCCGUUGCUGUUUGUAAUUUUAAACAAAAUGGGCCAUACAGACUGCAUCUCACUGUGGGAGAUACUGUUCAUAUAUUACAAGAAAAAGAAGAUUGGUUUUAUGGUUGCUGUACAAAAAAUAAGAAUGUAUGGGGCAUUUUUCCUAAAUCAUAUGUUGUGGUUAAAGAAUCGAUUGUUGAUAAAACUGGUCCUCAUGAAGCCAUUAUUCCAAGAGAACCUCCAAUUGUUCAAGAAAUUACUUCUGUCAUUCGAGAAUGGGGCAUUAUCUGGAAACAACUAUAUAUUAUGCGAGAGCCAGAAUUUCAAGUAAUUCGUAACAUGAUGUAUGAGCUUAUUGAAUGGCGUCGCAAAAUUAUGUCGGGAACGUUGCCAGUGGAUGAAUUGAAAGAAUUGAAACAAAAAGCUACCACAAAGAUUGAUGUAGGAAAUGCUAUUUUAGGCUUGGAUCUUGUCGUGAGAGAUGAACAUGGCAAUAUGUUAAAUCCUGAUAUUACCAGUGCAAUUGAUUUAUAUCGUGCUCAUGAAUUAGCUACGCAAAGGAUUAAGUUGAUGGCAAGCAAUUCUGUUGAUGAUGAUGAUAAUCGAAAUCAAAAGUCUUUGUCUAGACAUGUUCACAGUUUCUAUGUCACUGUAAAAAAUUUUGUAUGUAGAAUUGGAGAUGAUGCUGAUUUACUGAUGACUUUGUACGAUGCUAAAGAAGGACGGUGUAUAAGUGAAAGUUACCUAGUAAAAUGGAGCAAAGAAGGCUUAGCAAAAGACCUUGAGCAACUUAAUAAUUUAAGGGUUUUAUUUACAGACUUGGGCAUUAAAGACUUACAACGAGAAAAAAUGUUUCUAAUUUGCCAAAUAAUUCGAAUUGGGUCAAUGGAGCUUAAAGAUUGUGAUCAUAAACGGUCUACACAUAUUCAACGGAAAGCAUCCGAUGGAUUAAGGAGACCUUUUGGAGUUGCUGCUAUGGAAAUUACUGAUAUCAUGAAUGGAAAACUUGAUAUUGAUGAAGAAAAACAGUAUUUUAUUCCAUUUGUUCAGUGUAAUGAGCGAGAUUUUCUUGAUAAUUUGUUGCGUAAGGUUCUAACAAUGAAAGAAAUUACUCAAAAAGAACAUAAAGGACAAGGUCUGUGGGUUUGCUUAAAGCUUCUUCAUGGUGAUAUAAAACAAGUAAAAGAAGAAAAUCCUCAUCUCAUUAGUACUUCAACUGCUGUUGCACGUAAGAUGGGUUUUCCUGAUAUCAUAUUGCCAGGUGAUGUCCGUAAUGAUUUGUAUUUAACUAUAUCACACGGGGAAUUUACAAAAGGAGCAAAAUCAUCUGACAGAAACAUAGAAGUAUCAGUUAAAGUUUUGAAUGAGAAAGGGCAAUUAAUUCCUAAUGUUAUAAGUAUGGGCUGUGGAUCUGAUACUGUAAAUGAAUACAAGAGUGUGAUAUAUUACCAUGAAGAUAAACCCAAGUGGAUGGAAAAUGUCAAAAUAGCUAUACCAAUUGAAGAGUUUUAUAGUGCUCAUCUGAAAUUUACAUUUAAGCACCGUUCGUCAAAUGAUGCAAAAGAUAGAGCUGAAAAGGCAUUUGCGGUUUCAUUUGUCAAACUUAUGCAUGAGAAUGGGACAACAUUGAAAGAUGAAGUCCAUGAGCUUUUAGUGUAUAAGAUUGACUAUAAACGCUUUGAUGAUAGUGACAUUAGUUAUAUAAAUCUGCCUUCUACUCGCCAAGAACUGGAAAAGUAUAUUGCUGUUAAUUGUCCUCCUACACCUAAUAAAAAUUCAAAUAGUUUAAUUUCAUUGAAUGGCCUCACACUAAGUUCAAAAGACAGUUUUUAUAUUAACUCUUUGGUUUGUUCUACAAAGUUAACGCAGAAUGUUGAUCUACUCGGGUUGCUAAAAUGGUGGUCUAAUCCUGAAAAUCUGAAGAAUAAUUUGCUCUCUUUGAUGAAAGUUGAUGGAGAGGAAAUUGUAAAAUUUUUACAAGAUACUUUGGAUGCCUUAUUCAAUAUUCUCAUGCAAAAUUCAGAUUCGGAACUGUAUGAUAAUUUAGUCUUUGAAGCUUUGAUUUUCAUUAUUGGCUUAGUAUCUGAUAGAAAAUAUCACCAUUUCAGACCUAUACUUGAUUUAUACAUAAGAGAAAACUUUAGUGCUACUUUAACAUAUAACAAGCUAAUUGUGGUUUUAAAGUAUUAUGUUGAUAAUGCUUUACAAAAGGAAAAUCAAGAAACUCUUCUACGUACCAUGAAAUCUAUUGAAUACAUAUUCAAAUUUAUUGUACGAUCUCGUCAACUGUUUGCUGCUUUAAAUGAAGAUAAAGGUCGAGAAUCUUUUGAAAUAUCGAUGAAUCAACUAUUACAUUCAAUAACUUCUAUGAUGUUAUAUGACACUGAUUCUACUCUUCUUGUCCAAGGAGCAUGUUUGAAGUAUUUUCCUUUCACAAUUCCUGAUAUAUUAUCUGUCUUUGAUGGUUUAGAAUUAAGUAAUGUCCUUGUGAAGCUCAUCAAUAAUGUUCCAAGGGAUCGGCUAACUAAGCAAAAAAUGAUGUGUGUCAAUGAUUUAGUUCAUAGUGACCUUUUUCGAAUACCAGAGUGCCGUUUAAUCCUUCUUCCAAUGAUAUGUAAUCAAAUAAAGAACUUGUUGGAGAGAAAAGAUGAGAUGGAAUUAUCUGUUAAGAUCAUGAGUGAUAUAAUGAUUUAUUUAUAUGGUCGUGAUGUUGGAGCAACACACAAUGACAUAUCAGAAAUAAUGCUUUCUAUAUUGAGGACUAUCAUCCAAUGUGUAGUUCAUCUGGAACGUAAAAAUUCAUUAGUGGGUAAUGUUGUGGCAACAAUGAUUUCUGUACUUCGUCAAAUGACGCCUUAUCAUUAUAGUCAGUAUAUAAAUAAUUUUUCCACUAAAACAGAUCUUCUCGAUUUCAUUAUGGAAAUUCUUUUGGUGUUCAGAGAUUUGGUAAAUAAAUCAGUAUAUCCUUCAGAUUGGAAUGAAAUGAUUAUGUUACAAAAUAGUGUUAUUCUUAAAGCCUUGAGACAUUUCUCUGUGACUAUAAGAGACCGUUUUACAAAUCCAUUCGAAAUUCAAGUGUGGAAUAAUUUUUUUCACUGUGCCAUAGCCUUCUUGACUCAGGAUGCCCUUCAGUUAGAGAACUUUUCCCCACAUAAAAGGAACAAAAUAGUCCUUAGAUAUAAAGAUAUGAGACGUGAAACUGCAUUUGAAAUUAGAGCUAUGUGGUUCAACCUGGGUCCACAUCAGAUUCACUUUGUUCCUGGAAUGGUUGGCCCAUUUCUAGAAAUGACACUGAUACCUGAGGUUGAAUUGCGGAAGGCUACUAUACCCAUAUUUUUUGACAUGAUGCAGUGUGAAUUUUAUUCUCACAAAGGAUCCACGUCAUCUUACUCAUCAUUUUUACACCAAGACGACUUUUAUAUCUCAAAUAGAGAAAUAAAGUACAGCUUUGAUGAGUUUGAACAUGAAAUGAUUACUAAACUGGACACAUUAGUAGAAGGAGGAAGAGGUGAUGAAGAAUAUAAGGACUUAUUUUUAGAAAUUGUUGGUGGAUUAUGUGAAAACCAUCAGACCAUGCAUGAAAAAGGUAUGGCAUUUGUUAGAACAGUAGUAAGAUUAAUGAAAAGACUUUUGGAGUAUCGAAUGAUUGUAACAGAUGAAAACAAAGAAAAUCGAAUGAGUUGCACUGUGAAUCUUUUGGAAUUUUACCAUGAAAUCAACCGGAGGGAAAUGUAUAUAAGAUACCUGUAUAAGCUUUGUGAUCUCCAUCUUGACUGUGAAAAUUAUGUUGAAGCUGCUUUCACUCUUAAACUUCAUGCAAAACUUCUACGAUGGAGUGAAGAACCACUUUCACAGUUACUGAAAAAUGACAAGUACCCUAACUGUGAAACUCACCGAGAACUCAAGGAAUGCCUAUAUUAUGAUAUUCUCGAUUAUUUUGAUAAAGGUAAAUUGUGGGAGUCUGGCCUCGCUCUCUGUAAAGAAUUAGCUGUCCAGUAUGAAAAUGAAGUAUUUGAUUACAUUCAAUUAAGUAUUUUACUGAAGAGAAUGGCUGCCUUUUAUGAUAAUAUUAUGAAGCAAGUGCGCCCAGAGCCCGAGUAUUUCCGUGUGUCUUAUUAUGGACGAGGAUUUGCAUCUUUCUUGCAGAACAAGACAUUCAUUUACAGGGGAAAGGAGUAUGAGCGCUUAAGUGAUUUUAGUAGCAGGCUUCUGAAUCAAUAUCCAAAUGCUAAAUUAAUGACAAAACUUGCACCACCUGGAGAAGACAUAACUGAAUCAGAUAAGCAGUACCUUCAGAUCAACAAAGUGGAUCCAGUUAUGCAUGAAAGAGACAGAUUUAGGAACAAGAAUGUGCAUGAUCAGAUCAUGAAGUAUUAUAAAGUCAAUGAGGUGCAGAAGUUUACUUAUUCACGGCCCCUGAGACGAGGGGAGAAGGAUUCAGAUAAUGAAUUUGCUACUAUGUGGUUAGAGAGGACUAACUUAGUGAUAUCAUAUCCGCUUCCUGGCAUACUGCAUUGGUUCCCAGUGACAAGUUCCCAGUCAAUAGAAAUUAGUCCACUAGAAAAUGCCAUAGAAACUAUGGAAAUGACAAAUAAGAGGAUUUGUAAUUUGGUUUUGCAGCACCGAAGUGAUCCUAUGUUGCCAAUAAGCCCUCUUAGUAUGCUUCUAAAUGGUGUGGUGGAUGCGGCUGUUAUGGGAGGCAUUAUCAACUAUGAGAAAGCAUUUUUUACAGAAGAAUAUGCCCAAACUCACAAUACAAGAAAAGAUGCUGAAGGCAUUCAGAGAUUAAAAGAUUUGAUUGCUUGUCAAGUGCCUUUAUUAGAAGCAGGCAUAGCUAUACACAAACAGAAAGCUCCUGAAAACUUAAAACCUUUCCAUCAACAUAUGGAGGAAGCAUUUUUAAAGCUUCGUACAAAUAUUGAAGAAAAAUAUGGCAAAAAGGACAUGCCAGCAGAAUUACAAGAACGUGCCCCUAUUACCAUCAGAAGAGUGAAAACUGUACCAUCCAAGUCUAACAUGAAUGAACGUAUAUCUGAUACAUCUAAUUUUUCUUUAGAAUCACCUAGAAGAAGUGUUCAAUCAAAUUUAAGCAUUUCAUCCCUGCAGUCAUCUAAGACUUCUCCUAGUGUCCGAGGUGCAUCUAUUUUUGUGAAACCCAUUUCUUCAUCUUCCUCCAAGAGUUCUGGCAAGAAAAGCCGUGAGAGUUCCACUUUGACUCUGAGAAGAAGUUCAGGUCCUUCCAUCUCACAAAACCAUGAAGCUCAUUCUCAAUCCCAGUGGUAUGAUAUAUCGCCUACAACACCAAAAGCAGAUGGUCCUGUAAUUGAGCUUAGUGAACAAUUGACACCACAACGACCUCUACGCUCAGAAGUUGAGAAGAGGCAGAGUCGACCAUCCAGCGGCCAGUUUCGCCAUCAGACUCCAUCACCAACUGGAAUGAAUCGCUCUCCAAGUGCUUCCUUAUACUCCCUAUCUUUGCCCUCAACACCUUCAACCUUAUCCUGUGUUUCCUUAUCUAAUAACAUCGAGAAUAAUGAAGAAAAACCACCACCUUUACCACAGAAGCAAGCCUAUUCUGAUUAUACUAAUAUUACUGAAGAUAUGCAGUUCAAUUGUCCUACAAGGAAAAAUUCUAUGUCAUUAACAUUACGAGCCAAAAAUAAGCCGCCGCCACCCUUGCCAGUAAAAGAAGGAUCUUUAUCUCCAAAAUCACCGAAUAUCGAUUCAGAAUGCCCCCCUGAACUUCCAAAAAGGCCUCAUAUCAAACCCCCAGUUGAUGUUACUGAAAGUUGAUGUAUUUUUUCUAGUCAAGCUCUCAUGUCAUUUGCCAAAUUCAUAUGUGUCAUAACUGUGAUGUAAAGUUGUACCAUGUUUGCAUGCAUUUACGUGAGUUUUCUCUCAAGAUUACAUGGUUCUGAGAGUUAGUGAUAUUCAUGUUGAAGUCAUCAAAUGCUAUAUAUUGACAUAUUGCAAUUAUUAAUGGAUAAAAAAUAUAUUAUUAAGAUUUCUUUGCUCAUUCUUGUAGUCAUUUUGUGUAAUUUUUGAGAACAUAUUCUUUGGUCAUUAUUGUUUUGUCAUUAACUGCCAUAAAAUAUUUUAUAAAUGUAUAUAUGUUCAUGUUCACUUGCACACAUUUAUUUUGAACUAUGUGAAUAUUUUAUAGUUAUAAUCAGAAAAAAUAUAGUAAGAUAUAUUUCAAAUGAAAUGGAUGUUGUUUUAUAGUCAAGAAUGAGUGUUUUUAAAUUAUUUUUGACUGUUUAAGUUUUAAGUUCAAUUUGUGCCUGAAAAAAAUAUUCAGAAAAUAUUUAUAAUUGUGACAAAGCAGGAAUGUGCCAAUAUUGAAUUUUUCAGUUCCUUACCCUCACAUUUCUCAUUAAAAAGACACAUUUAUAUAUAUUUUUUCUUUGAAAUUUUUGUUCAUACAAUAAAUUGAUUGGAAAAUUAAUUUUUUCUUCUUCAUAUUUUGAACUUUGUUUCAAUGUUUUGUAUUUCGUUAAAUAAUUUUAUUUCUGAUGUGCUAAUUUUGAUUUCCAGAUUCAUUGUUUAAACUUUUAAAAAUAUCUUUUUAAUUUCUUUUGUUCAAACUUUUUAAAAUACAACAAUGGACCUUUUAAGAUUAUG